AUGUCGACUACUGUGGAAAAGAUUAAGGAGAUUGAGGCCGAGAUGGCCAGGACGCAAAAGAACAAAGCAACGUCCUUUCAUCUCGGUCAACUAAAAGCCAAACUCGCCAAACUCAAGCGCGAGCUGCUGACUCCCAGCGGGGGAGGCGGUGGCGGCGGCGGUGCGGGAUUCGACGUCGCGAGAACAGGUGUCGCUAGUAUUGGGUUCAUUGGAUUUCCGUCUGUGGGAAAGAGUACCCUUAUGAGUCGAUUGACCGGACAGCAUUCAGAGGCGGCUGCUUACGAGUUUACGACGUUGACGUCUGUGCCGGGUCAGGUUGUUUACAACGGCGCACCGCUUCAAAUCAUUGACUUACCCGGUAUCAUCGAGGGUGCCAAGGACGGCCGCGGUCGAGGUCGACAAGUUAUUGCUGUGGCGAAAACGUGCCAUCUCAUCUUUAUUGUUCUGGAUGUCAAUAAACCGCUUACUGAUAAGCGUGUUAUCGAGGCUGAGUUGGAGGGUUUCGGUAUCAGAAUUAACAAGGAGCCUCCGAAUAUCACCUUCAAGAAGAAGGACAAGGGCGGUCUUAACAUUACUAGUACCGUGCCUCUGACGCAUAUCGAUAAUGAUGAGAUCAAGGCCGUUAUGAGCGAGUACAGGAUUAAUUCGGCGGAUAUUACAAUUCGGUGUGAUGCCACGGUGGAUGAUUUGAUCGACAUCCUUGAGGCCAAAAGUCGGGCUUACAUUCCCGUGGUAUACUGCCUGAACAAAAUCGACUCCAUUUCUAUUGAAGAACUUGAUCUUCUUUACCGCAUCCCCAAUUCCGUCCCCAUCAGCUCCGAACAUGGCUGGAAUAUCGAUGAGCUGAUGGAAGCCAUGUGGGAGCAACUCAACCUCAAGCGUGUCUAUACGAAACCCAAGGGGCGGCAACCCGAUUACUCUGCGCCUGUGGUAUUGCGAUCAAACCGAUCAACCGUCGAGGACUUUUGCAACGCCAUUCACAGGACCAUCGUAGAACAGUUCAAGACGGCAAUUGUGUAUGGUAAAUCGGUGAAACAUCAGCCACAACGGGUAGGACUUGGCCACGAAUUGGAAGAUGAGGACGUCGGUAAGUUUACGGCUGAUUAG